GUCCUCAUAAUAAUUUGUGAAGGAGAUUUGUUUUUUUGGCUCUGCCAAUUCCAUAUAAAUUGACUCCCCUUUGUGACUUGAUGAUUAACCAAUUUUGAAAUUGCAAUUCUUUGUUCCAAAGGACCCUCCAGAGGAAAUAAAAUCAGAAUCUACCGCAAAACCGAGUUGAAGUAUGGGAGAAACUGAAGAAAAAGACAAUCAUGGGGAUGAAGUUGAGAAGAAGGAAAAGAAAGAGAAAAAUGAAGAUGAAAGUGGAAAAGAAGCUAAGGAGAAAAAGAAGAAGAAAGACAAGGAUGGUAAAGAGAAAGAAGGGAAUGAAGAGGGUGGAAAAGAGAAGAAGAAAAAGAACCCUGAAGAUAAGAAGGAUCCUGUAAUACUUAAGCAAAAGCUUGAAAAAUUAGAUGUCAAGAUGCAAGCUUUGGUGGCAAAGAGAGAAGAAAUUUUGAAGCUGCUUAAUGAAAUUGAAACAAAUUCAAGUGAAGUGUCUUAGAUUAAUUAAUAACUAUUGUUUUUAGUAAUUAAGUGUGCUUAUCUCUCUGUAAAAUAUUAUAAUGUAAAAUAAUUAUGGAGGUUAUUAAGGUAGUCUAUGAUUAAUUUUGCCAGUGUUAGAUUGCUGGAUUGUAUAAUUUCUUAAUUCAGAUAAAUGAAAUAAAUAAUAUAUUAA